UAUAACUAGUAGAAAGCUGGAGAAAGGCAGCGGCUGGCCAGCUGCAUGUGCCACACUCAUCACAGGACGUGGAGUUAAGAGGAGGACUCCUAACCGAUAAAAUGACAGAAGACAAGCUUUAGCAAUGUGGAGGACUUGAUGGAUGGCUCUUGCAUUCCUGAAUGAAAGACCUCUGCUGGGAGCAUAGGGCACACUGUGUACAAGGAGCAAGGAGCAAGAACCAGCCUGUGGAGCCUAUCAGAAGUCCAAGCUACAGACUGCCAGGAGGAUAAUAAUAUCCCAUUAUGCAUACGUUUUGGGUAUUCCAUUGGAUGACCGAAAAGCUAUCAACAACUAUACUAUCAACAGUACAAAGGAACUGCCCACAACCCCAUGCCUAAUGGAUUCAAUACCAACCCCUUUGGCAGAGGAAGAGACUACAGCAUCUUCGAACCUUGUCACCAUGCUCUGGUCCUUGUCUGUGUCUAGCUUUGCAAUUGGUGGAAUGAUUGCAUCAUUUUUUGGUGGAUGGCUAGGGGAUCGGAUUGGAAGAGUCAAAGCCAUGUUGGUAGCCAACAUUCUCUCAUUAGCUGGAGCUCUCCUGAUGGGGUUUUCAAAACUGGGACCAUCUCACAUUCUUAUAAUUUCAGGAAGAAGCUUAUCAGGACUCUACUGUGGACUAAUUUCAGGCUUGGUUCCAAUGUACAUUGGUGAAAUUGCUCCAACCACACUCAGAGGUGCUCUUGGUACCCUUCAUCAGCUGGCCAUUGUCACAGGCAUUCUUAUUAGUCAGAUUGUUGGCCUCAACUUUAUCCUGGGCAAUCAUGAGCAGUGGCAUAUCCUACUUGGUUUGUCUGGUGUGCCAGCCAUCAUCCAGUCUUUGCUGCUCCUAUUCUGUCCAGAAAGCCCCAGAUACCUUUACAUUAAGUUGGACGAAGAAGUCAGAGCAAAGAAAAGCUUGAAAAGACUCAGAGGAGAUGCUGAUAUUACCAAAGACAUCGCUGAGAUGAGAAAAGAAAAGGAAGAAGCAUCAAGUGAACAAGUAGUCUCCAUAAUUCAACUCUUCACCAAUUCCUGCUACAGACAGCCUAUUCUAGUGGCACUGAUGCUGCACUUGGCUCAGCAAUUUUCUGGAAUCAAUGGGAUCUUUUACUAUUCAACCAGCAUUUUCCAGACAGCUGGAAUCAGCGAACCUGUUUAUGCAACCAUUGGAGUUGGUACCAUCAACACGAUUUUCACUGCUGUGUCUGUAUUCCUUGUGGAGAAGGCAGGGCGACGCUCUCUGUUUCUCAUAGGAAUGAGUGGGAUGUUUGUGUGUGCCAUCUUCAUGUCCUUGGGACUUGUACUACUGAAUAAAUUGGCUUGGAUGAGUUAUGUGAGCAUGGUAGCCAUCUUCCUCUUUGUCAGUUUCUUUGAGAUUGGGCCUGGUCCCAUCCCCUGGUUCAUGGUGGCAGAGUUCUUCAGCCAAGGGCCACGGACUGCUGCUUUAGCAAUAGCUGCAUUCAGCAACUGGGCCUGCAAUUUCAUCAUCGCUCUGUGUUUCCAGUACAUUGCGAAGUUCUGUGGCCCUUAUGUGUUUUUCCUCUUUGCUGGAGUGAUCCUGGCCUUCACUUUGUUUACAUUUUUCAAAGUCCCAGAAACCAAAGGAAAAUCCUUUGAGGAAAUCGCAGCAGAGUUCCAAAAGAAGCGUGGCUUGGCCCAAAAGCCAAAAGCUGCUGUGGAAAUGGAAUUCCUUGGAGCUACAGAGACUGUGUAAAGAUAACCUGUUUUUGUUUUUUGUUUUGUUUUGUUUGUUUGUUUUUACAAGAACAGAAACUGGAAGAAAGUUGUGUUUUUAAUGGACGAUUCUCUGAGAAUUUUAUAUCUACGUCUUGAAAGUAUUAUUCUUUAGAGAGCUUUUAUGGGCUCUUCUCAGAAAUGUCAUCAAAUAUUUCCAAAGAAAGUUUUGUUUUUUUUUUUUAAGUUAGAGCAUCUAUUUUUGAUAGUAAGACUCUGUAAUUAAGUAAACUAAAAAGUUUCGCUCAUUUUACUACACCAAAGGGCAACUACAUUGUAAUGUUCCUAGCUCUAUCCUUUAUAACAAGGUUCUCAUGAAGCGGAAGCAGUUUCAAUGUAUCAUGUUAUUGCUUCAUUAAGCAUGUGAUUGGAAACCUGAAGCUGCAACUCAUUUACAUUUGAACUCAUUACAUUUGAAUAUGAUUAUGUUGGCAUUUUCGUACCCACAGACCUCAUAUUAAAGAUUUGGCUAGUGGCAAUAAGGCUUAUGUUAAAAUUGGUAACUUUUCUAUUUCUCCCACUCACCAUUUUUCUUCUGUAUUAGAAUUUGUAUUUUGUUUAAAAUUUUAUUUUUCUGUAUUUUCAUGUGGAAUAGUUUAUUGAGUGUAUUAUUAAGAUAUGUUCAUAAAGAAAAACUUUUUUUGGUAUGUUUACCAAAUAUUUUGGUACUCGGAAAAAAAAAACAAUUAAUUCCUUUGUUUGAUGACCAAAUGAUUUUUAUAAGAUUAAAGACUGAAAAGAUUUUACCAGUCAUAUAGCCUGGGUUGUCAGUUAAUAUUAAUAUCUAUUAUAAACCUAUGUUAAUUCCUGGCUAUUCAAUCCUUUGAGCUCUGUUUUGGCUUGCUUUUAAAUUGAGCACAGCAUGGUUGUCUCAACUGCAUUUUUGUAAAAUACAUUCAAACAGUGAUUAAGUUGGGCAUUUUUAUAUCUCCUCAAACCCUAAAUAGGUUAGAGCAGUUCAAGGGAAAUUUGAAAUAAAGGAUUGUUCUGUUUGUUAAAAAAAUACUUUCUGAAUUAUGUUUCAAGACAAGUUGAAAGAGUGGGUUGCAGGAUUCCUAAAGGUGGGGUCCUGAAACUUCAUGAAUGCUCAAUUUCAGACUUGAUCAAAAUCGCUAUUUACUUUCCUGGUUAGACAGUCAUCCGCUUUGAUGUUCCUUCUUUGUCACGGCAGUAUAUGGAUGCUAUCUAAGCCGUUCUAAUCUUAUUGCUAACAUUUGCUGUAUAUUAUCUAUGUGCCAGGUGCUGUUCUAAGGGGUUUUACCUAUGUAGGCAAACUGGAAACACACAGAUGAUUAAAUAGACUUUUACUUACAGUCAAUUUUACAACUAUGGAAACAAAAUUCUGAUGGAUACCAAAGGCUUAGAAGGGAGGUAAAGUAUCUCCAGACUGUUUUCCCCACAAAGUGGACCAUUGAGUCCAUCCUUUUUAUGUUUGUUUCACUGUACACAAAACAGAGUACUUUUUUAAAAAAGUACUUUUUAUAAGUGGAGGGGGGAAAAAUGCUAAACACUUAUUGUUUUUGUUUUUUCCCAGAGUUGUUUACCUUUAUAUAAUUUGACAAUCCAAACAACAUAAAAUUAUUUCUUUUCACUUUGCAUUUUAUUCCCUUUGGACCAAUUUGGAAUACAUUAUUUUUACUUAGGAUUUCAGGACACAGUUAAGAUGAGCUUAAGUAGUUUACUUUUGUGCUAGCUUGUGAACUCUAGAAAAAAAAUGUGGAGACUCUGAAUUGGGCAGGAGCAGGAUAAUGGCUCCUAUGUGGCUCUUGUCCUCUUCUUUUUUUUUUUUUAAUUUAUUUUUUAUUGGUGUUCAAUUUACUAACAUACAGAAUAACCCCCAGUGCCCGUCACUCAUUCACUCCCACCCCCCGCCCUUCUCCCCUUCCACCACCCCUAGUUCGUUUCCCAGAGUUAGCAGUCUUUACGUUCUGUCUCCCUUUAGGAUGCUGGUGGUCUUUGAGAAGCCUGAAGUUACAAUGAUAAAGAAGUUUAACAUUUUCACAAGUGAUGAAUGUGAUUUAAUCAAAUUGCCAUUCCUGAUCUCAUUUACUAUGAAAAAAUAAAGUAGUAGAAGUUUAGGGACCCCUGGGUGGCUCCGUGGUUGAGCAUUUGCCUUCAGCUCAGCACAUGAUCCUGCAGUCCCCUCAUUGAGUCCUGCAUUGGGCUCCCCACAGGGAGCCUUGCUUCUCCCUCUGCCUAUGUCUCUGGGUCUCUCUCUAAGUCUCUCAUGAAUAAAUAAAUAAAAUCUUAAAACUAGUAGAAGUUUAAAUAAAGAACCCAAAACACCACUUUUAAGAUCUAAUCACUUACUUCCACUGAUGCAUAAACACCAGAAAUUCAUGCCUGGAGUUUUCUGCCUCAGAGAAAUUGAACUACUUUACGUUGUUUCCCUUUCAUAUUUUUUUCUUUGCAGAAAUACAAAUGAGUUGAAAAGAAAACUUAAGGUGAAGUAAGAAGCUGUUAAAGCUUUAUAGGAGGGCAAAGGAACAAGCUUAGAAACUAGCUUAACGUAAUAGAAACUCCUAGAUCUUCAAUUGCAUACAUCAUAAUAAAUAAUAAAAUUGGCAUUGAUUAAUUAGAUGUAAUUAUAGGGAAAUCAGAUGUGAGUUUGGCCAUUUAAUUUUCAUAGUACUCUAUCAUUUUUGUGGAAUUUGUUUCAUAUUUAAUGUUCUAACAAAUGUGAUUUUUCUCUUAGCUUUAUUUGAAGCAUGAUUACAAUUCUUUGUCUGGCUACUCACCUGCUACACCUAGCUACUGCCCAGUCAUGACACCAGUGAAAGGGUCUUCUCUAACUUUCUCCUCUAUGCAAACAGCACUGUGAUACACUGUGAUAAACUAAGACUCCCCCUUCCACCUCAAAGAGCUCAAGGUCUAAUAAGCAGUUCGGGAAGACCAUGGUAUGAAUGUCCCCACUUGUGCCUUUUGCCAUCCAUGAAACUUGAUUUGGAGACCUCUCUUGUAAAAUGGGCAGAGUAAUACUACCUACCUCAGAGAGUGGUGAGGAUUAAAUGUAAAGUGCUAAGCAGAGUUCCUGGUACAAAGGAGGUGCUCAAUAAAUGUUACCUAGAAUUAGUGUUUACAAAGAUACUUCUAAAAUAUAAGUUUGUAACCUAUAAGAUAGUUCCAUUUUUUUUCUUUUUUAAAGUUUUUCCAAAUUUCUUUUGAAUAAACAAGAAAUUAUAUAAAUUCAAGAUAAUAUUUUCCUACUUGAAGCAACAAUUUCACAAUGACAAAGGAAUGGUAAAAAUUAAGGGAGAUAUUAGGCUAUCUAAUUCCUAAAUUCAAACUUGGUAUUUCUAAGUUGGUUAUGAGUUUUUAUUGUAUUUUUAAGGUUUGCUUUUGCCUAAGUUAUGUUGUUUUUUUAAAAGGUUGCUAUGUAAUACUACUUCUUGGAUAAUACUAGGUACAGAGUAAAAUGCUAUAUAUUUAAAUGCAAUUCAACAAGAUUAUGAUCACAGGACUAAAGACCAAACCUUCUCGAUAAUCCUCCAAAACUUAGUCAAUUUUACAACUAUGGAAAUACAAUUCUGAUGGAUACCAAAGGCUUAGAAGGGAGGUGAAGUAUCUCCAGACUGUUUUCCCCACAAAGUGGAGCACUGAGUUAAUCCUUUUUAUGUUACCCGUAUAUACGUGUAAACCAGUGUGCAUGCAUAAGCUACUUCUUGAUAGCUUAUUAUAGUAUAUGCAGCAACUAAGGCAAUGCUUGGCAAUAUCUUGUGCUUAUGGUGUCCUAAGCAGAUGUGCUGAGUAAAGUGUAAUAGAAUAUAUAAUUUUUCAUUACAAUUCUAUCAGUGACCUGAGGAGAAAAGGCGUGUUGUCAACGACACUGAGCCAUCUGCUGGUGUUUUUACUGCUUUCUAAUUUGGUGCACAUUAGGAAGAAUCAUCAUGAAAAGAGACUGGUUUUAGUUAGGGGUAUAUAUACGCUAUAGUUUUAUGUCAAUAAAUACAUUUCUGAAUGCUUAA